AUGGACUACGAUCGAAUUCGACCGGUGCGAUUUUUGACUGGAGUGCUGAAAUGGUGGCGUCUCUGGCCGCGGAAGGAAUCCAUCUCCACGCCAGACUGGACUAACUGGCAGGCAUAUGCCUUGCACGUUCCAUUUACCUUCUUGUUUGUGUUGCUUCUGUGGUUGGAGGCAAUCAGGAGCAGGGAUAUACAACAUACCGCCGAUGUCCUUUUGAUUUGCCUGACCACCACUGCCUUGGGCGGUAAAAUGAUCAAUAUCUGGAAGUAUGCCCAUGUGGCCCAAGGCAUUUUGUUCGAGUGGAGCACGUGCGAUCUUUUCGAGCUGAGGAGCAAACAGGAAGUGGAUAUGUGGCGAUUCGAGCAUCGACGUUUCAAUCGUGUUAUAAUGUUUUACUGUUUGUGCAGUGUUGGUGUCAUCCCAUUGAUUGUGAUUCAACCGUUGUUUGAUAUCCCAAAUCGAUUGCCCUUUUGGAUGUGGACACCAUUCGAUUGGCAGCAGCCUGUGCUCUUUUGGUAUGCCUUCAUCUAUCAGGUCACAACCAUUCCCAUUAUCUGUAUUUGCAACGUAACCAUGGACGUUGUCAAUUGGUACUUGAUGCUGCAUCUGUCCUUGUGUUUGCGAAUGUUGGGCCAGCGAUUGAGUAAGCUUCAGCAUGAUGACAAGGAUCUGAGGGAGAAGUUCCUGGAACUGGUCCAUCUCCACCAGCGACUCAAGCAACAGGCCUUGGGCAUUGAAAUCUUCAUUUCGAAGAGCACGUUCACCCAAAUCCUGGUCAGCUCCCUAAUCAUUUGCUUCACCAUUUACAGCAUGCAGAUGAGUCCCGUCUUGCAGGACUUGCCAGGAUUUGCCGCCAUGAUGCAGUACCUAGUGGCCAUGAUCAUGCAAGUCAUGCUACCCACCAUAUAUGGUAACGCCGUCAUCGAUUCUGCAAGUAUGUUGACCGAUUCCCUAUACAAUUCGGAUUGGCCGGAUAUGAAUUCCCGAAUGCGGCGACUAGUUUUAAUGUUUAUGGUGUACUUAAAUCGACCGGUGACCCUAAAAGCCGGUGGCUUUUUUCAUAUUGGGUUACCUUUGUUUACCAAGACCAUGAAUCAAGCAUACAGUUUGCUGGCCUUGUUGCUCAACAUGAAUCAAUAG